ACCAGCCAGGCAAACUACAGAACAAUAGUUAUUGAUAAUAACUUCCUAAUAGGUGCCUUGUGAGCGCCGGAAGGUGCUUCCGCGGCCACCUACAACUAACCAUCGCAACCAGUUACGACUGGCUCAGCAGUGACUUGCCAACAUACUAAAGCAACAAAUCUCAUAUGCCUAGCUCCUUAUUCCACAACAGCUAGCGCGUAACAAAGGCACGGCGUUUAGGUUUGCUUGGGCACAUUGUGCAUGCGCGCAAGCAUCUAAAUCGCCACGCAAGCUACAGUCAGUAUCACACGACACUAUUUACCUUGCAGCGAGUUCCAUCUUUGUCGAGUAUAUGCAAGCGGCGCUCCCUCGCAGCUCUGCGCACAUCCUUGCCCUCCUGUUCCUCGCGCUUGGGACUUUCGCGUGGUACCUGCACAACUCAAACUCAGAAGCCCGACCCAGCCCAUGGCGACUCGCUCCGCAGCCCUCCUAGGCAUCAGACGUGCCGCUGCCGCCUCCGCCCCCUCCUCCUCCGCCUCCACUGCCGCUCCCGCCGCCUGCACUGCCGCUUGGAUUACCGGUAUACGACCAUACCGCUGCUGCACCGCUGGAGUAACAACCUCCUCCUCCUCCUCCUCCAGAACCGCAACACCCCAGCAACGCCCCUCACACCAACCGCCUUUCCGCAUGCGCUUAUCAGCUGAGCCCCGCGUGCGUGCAUGCGGCACCCCUCUCAGCUACCGCCGCCGCCAAGUGCUCAAGCUGUUGCCAUCAUCAUCAUCAUCAUCAGCAGCAGCAGCAGCAGCAGCAGCGGCAGCAGCAACAAUCAUGGGUGUGAAACCCAACGUUUCGUCCGCUGCCGCCGUCUCUCCCCUCACGUCCUUGUACUCCACCCCCUUCUCCUCCUCCUCCUCCUGCUGCUACAGCUGCACCUCUCCUGCACAGCCGGGGUCCACGACAGCAGCAGGCCGCAGGGGCGCGCGGGCCUUCAGUACCACCACCGCCACAGCUGCUGCCUCCGCUGGUGCUGCUGCUGGCAUGUCUUCUUCCGACGCUGCAACCGAAACCACGGGUGGCCCCGCGGGUGGUGGCGCCUCCCCCGCCCCCGCCCCCUCCACGGAUGCUAUCGUGGUGUAUGUGACCGUACCCAAUGCGGAGGUGGGUCGCACCCUAGCUGCCCAGCUGGUUGAGUCGCGGCUGGCUGCAUGCGUCAACAUCCUGCCUGGGGUGACCUCCGUGUACUGGUGGGAGGGCAAGGUCAACAGCGACCCCGAGAUGCUGCUGGUGGUCAAGAGCCGCUCCCCGCUGCUGCCGGAGCUCACCGCAUUCAUCAAGGCACACCACCCCUACCAGGAGCCCGAGGUCCUGGCGCUGCCGGUGCUGGGCGGCAGUCCCUCCUACCUGGCUUGGCUGGUGGGCAGCACACGGGGGGGAGCGGGGGAGCUGGGGGAGAAGGGGGAGGGACAGAAUUGAGAAGAGGUUGGGGGGCGGAGAAGGAGAAUGACCACGCUCUGAGCGAUAGUGGCAAGGCAGUUGGAGGCGGGGACAGCUGGAUGUGUGUAGUUAAGAAAACUGGCCGCGAGUGUGUGUGUGUAGUUGAGUAGGACAAGAGCAGGCAAUUGGGAGAGGUUCGCAUGUGAACCGCGAGUACAGGCAAAAACAGAGGUGACCAAACCUGAACCGUAAUUCAAAAACUGCUUAAAUAGCUGUUGCUGGAUGUAAGAAGAGUGGCGGGUGACGAGUGACGACGCAUGUCAGUGAUGCUGAUGGUUGUGUUAAAAUAACUGGCCGCGAGUAGGAACAUACUGGGUUGUGUGUGUGUAGUUGAGUAGAAACAAGAGCAAGCAGUUGGGAUAGCAGUUGGGUUGUGUGUGUGUGUGUGUGUUCUCACAGGCAGGUGUAAUGCACAUACACAGGGUGCGGCCGGUACAGCUGCCUUUAAGCGAUGUUUAAUCUGAGGUGUAGGUGUGUUGGCUGGACUGCACCCCUCCUAAGUUCCAAGCUUUCUUCUUAAGAGGAAGUUGGUAUACAAGUUGGAGCUUGAAACUGCUGUUGCCUUCUAAUCCGAAGCACUGCACCGACACUCUCUACUUGCUAUUGUAACAGACGAGGUUUACUG